AUGUAUCAACAGAUAUAUUAUGGGAAUAAUGCAAGAUCUAUAGAAAAUUUACCAAAUCCUUUACAAAUUCAUCAACAAUUUCCUCAUCCUAAUCAUCAUCCCCAUCCACAUCCUCAUCAACAAUUGGGUUCAUUUCAAUAUUUUUCAUUAAAUAAUCCUCCACCACCACCACAAAUUCAUCAACACCAACAACACCAAAACCAUCAAUAUCAAUAUCCUCAAACUUCUUCUCCUAGAAUGGGAAGAUCUAGAAAAUCUUCAAGAUUAACUUCAUCUACUUCAUUAUUAUCAAAUGAUUCAAAUAAUUCAAUUAAAAAUGAAAUAAUUGAUAAUACUAUAGAUCAAAUUACUGCUUCAAGAACUAUAUUAAUUAAAAAUUUAUCACAAGAAGUUACAUUUAAUGAAUUAUUAAAUCAAAUAAAUCAUGGACCUAUUGAAAAAAUUGGAUUAAAAAAAGAAAUUAAUAAUUCAAAUGAAAAUUGUUUUAUAUCAUUUGUAAAUUCUAAAAUUUCUUCACUGUUUUAUUCAAAAUAUAAUAAUAAUAAUAAUAAUGAUAAUAAUGAAAAUAAUGAAAAUAAUGUAAACGAUGAAUUGAAAAAACUAAGAGAAGUUUUAAAAUCAAAAAAUUUACAAAUUUCAAUGAGUGAAUAUAAUGAGCCAAAAAUUAAUAAUCAUAAUAAUAAUCUUUCACCAUUUGAUAAUAUAAAAUUAAAAGUUUUAAAUUAUAUAUUAGAAUUUCAAGCAACAAGAUGUUUAAAAUUAAAUUUUAAAAUUAAAAAUAUUUUACCUGAUGAUAUUUCAACUGAUGAUAGACUUAAUCAAAUACAACAAUUUAUAGUUAAUCAAUGUGAAAAAUUUGGUGAUAUUGAAGAUUUUCAAAUUAAAUUAGAUAAAGAAGAAGAAGAGUUGAAAGAGGAAGAAAAGGAAAUUGAGUCAUCUAAAGAAGAACAAAAUGAAGUUGAGGAAAAAGAUACUAAACACGAAAAAGAAGACCAAAAUUUAUCUGAAGAAGCUGAAGAGGAAAAAGAAAUUAAAUAUAUUAAUGGGGAAGUUAUUGUACAUUUUACAUCAAUUGAGUCAGCUAUAACUGGUUACGAAAAUUAUUCAAGACGAAUUUACCAUGAUUUAAAAAAACUAACUAAUAAUAAAGAAUCCAUAAGAAAAAGAUCAAGUACUUCAAAAGAUAUUAAUGAUAUAAACUCCAAAUUCAAUAUUACAUUUACUGCUAUAAGUUUUAAUAAAGAUAGAUGUGAUCAAACUAUUGUACAUGAAAACUCUACCAACUCAAAUAUUUCAAAAUUCUCGGCAAAUUCAAAUGAUCUAAUAAAUAACAAUGAAGUUGAUGAAUAUGAAUUUGAAUCUGAAAAUUCAACCAUAAGUGAUGAAGGUUAUUCCAUGUUAUCAUCAAGUUCAAGAUUUAGUCAAGUUCAACCAGUACAAUUAAUACCAUAUAUAAAUUAUAAUAAUAUUGAACCUUCAAAUAAUAAUAGAUCAUUAUAUCUUGGAAAUUUACACCCAAGUACAACAAUUGAAGAAAUUGCAAAUAAUGUACGUGCAGGCGGAUUAGUUGAAUCUAUAAAUUAUUUCCCGGAAAAGAAAAUGUGUUUUAUAACUUUUAUUGAUGCAGCUAUUGCUUACAAAUUUUAUAAAACUCAUCAACAAUUACAUCAAUUGGUUAUUCAUGGUUGUGAUAUAACUGUUGGUUGGGCAAAACAACAUAGUGGUCCAUUAAGUAGAGAUAUUGCAUUAGCUGUUACGGCAGGUGCUUCAAGAAAUGUAUAUAUUGGUAUUAAAAAUAAUAAAGAUUCUGAACUGCCAAAACCUUUAAUACCAACUGAAGAAGAAUUAAGAAAAGAUUUUUCAAAUUUAGGUUCAUUAGAACAAAUUAAUUUUUUUCAUAAUAAUGAUUGUGCAUUUUUAAAUUUUAUUAAUAUAAAAUCAGCAAUUGCUUUAAUAAAUAUUUUCAAUUUAGAAGAAAAAGAUUCAAUUUUCAAAUUAAAUAAAUUUUUCAACAAUCCAACAAAAGCUGAAGAAUUUUAUGGAAAAUAUAAAAAAUUUAAAAUUAGUUUUGCAAAAGAUAGAUGUGCAUCAGUUGCGAAAUACCUGUUUUUAAAAUCAAGUGGAAAUGCAGGAUCAACUUAUAAAUUGUAUAAAGAUCAAUUACAUGCAAGUGUUAAAAAGAAUGGUAAAUAUCACAAAAAUAAACAUCCACAACAACAAGAUAUGAAACCUGAUGAUGCUAUGAUUAAUGAUGAAGCAGCUAUGGUUUUUGGUAUAAUUAAAGAUUUAGAAAAUAAUAAAAUACAAGCUGAAGAAGCAAAUGGUAAACAUGAAACCGAAAAUGGUGAAUUAAAAAAUUCAACUGAAGGUACUGAACCUGCAAAAAAUGGGGAAAUACAUAAAGAAGACCAAAUUGAAGAAGAAGAUGAAGGAGAAAGUGAUGAUGAUGACGAUGAUGAUGAUGUUUCAAUUAUAAUUGGAUCUGUUGAAACUACUUCAACAAAUAAUACAACCACCACUGGAAAACAAAAUGGUCACACAAACAACAACCACUCCAACAACAAAACAAAAUCAAAUAAACCACCAUUUAGGUAUCAAAAAGUAUAUCACAACCAAGAUAAUUCAUUCUCACAACGAAAAUUCUCAAGAAAUUCAUCAAAUAUUUCAAUAAAUAGUUCAAUAAGAUACAACAAUAAUGAUUCAUUUGGUCAUCAACAACAACAUUCAAUCCCGCAAUCUCCUUAUAUGCAACCACAACCAGUUUAUUUCUUACCACCAUUAAGUCGUACAAGUUCAGCUAGUAGUUUUAGAUCAAGUCAAAAAUAUCAACCUUCACCAAAUCCAAAUAUUCAUGCACAACCAGUAUUUGUACAACAACCACCUAUGGUAAUACCAUCUCAACCACAAUCUCAACCUUUUUAUUCCCCCAAUCCAAAUAUGCAUCAAUUUCAACCACCACCAACAGCACAAUUUACAAAUGGUAAUCAACAAAUAAGAUAUGUAUCUGUUGUACAAUCACCACAAAUUAUGCAAUUACCAUUACCUUCGCCACAAUUUGUUGGUCAUAAAACUCCUUUCACUACAUCUGGUCUGCAAGUAAUGGCUCAAUACUUAGCUAAUGCUCAACAACAAGAAGCUAUUUAUGAACAUGAAAAUAUUAAUAAUAAUAACGGAAACGGUAAUGGUGGGUAUUUUUAUGGUAAUCAUAAUGGUAAUGGAUCAAGUAAUAAUCAUCAUGAGUUUGGAAAUAGACGUGGUGGUAAUCGUAAUAGAAAAUCAUCUUAG